AGGAAAGCACGAACCAAAACAGAGACGCUGCCGACUGUAAACGCUAAAACCGCUCAUUUAUUUAGUCAGAUAUUAUUGAAUGGAGUUUCUGUGAAGGCUUUUUGUGAGCGUACAGUGAGAGUAAAAUGUCGCUGAAUGCUACGUGUGAGUCGGUGUCUCAGAAAAGGACUCUGUCGAGCCUUCUCGCUGGUCGUGAGCUGAAGAGGCCCAAACAGACAGAUGUUCAGAGGCUGCAGGAAGCGGCGAUCCAGCUGUUGGAGCAGCAGCAGAACCUCUGCAGCCUGUUCAGGGAGGUCGGGCAACCGGAUCCACUCAACCUGUCCUCCUGUCAGAAUGGAGAGAUGGUGUCAUCCACCAUCACUGGGUCGCUGCUGGCGAGUGAGCUGAGGCGUCAGGCUGCUCAGCUGGGUGUCUCUGUGGCGGUGCUGUCGGUGAAGACGGUGUUGGAGAGGCUGAAGGAGAUCGCAGAGGAAACCACUGACUGGAAGGAAGGAGAGCAGAAGAGAGAGAUGCUCACUUCCUCUCAUAGAGCCCAGCUGUGUGCUCUGUUGGCAUCCAGCAGAGAACUGCAGUCACAGGGAGCCAUCUGCCCCAAACUGCUCUGGCAGGAGUACAGGAGAGAUCAGAGGCUCCCCAAACUGGAGGUGGUGUACCAUCUUCACUUUUACAACAUCCUCAAUCUGAAGUACAUUUUAGAGAAUGAUGAAGAGGUGAGAUCAUGGUUGGUGUCCCAGCUGAAGGUUGUAUGUGGAUGGAGGCCUCCACAGGAAGAAGAGGAGACCAAACAAGUUCAACAGAAAGUGUUGACAACUGUGGUCGGCGUCCUGGUGGGAGCAGGGUUCGAGCUGAGCCCCGCUCCAGCAGCUGCAGGCAGGAGGAUCUCCCUGCUCUGCUGCUCGGUUCUCGACGACAUGCUCUUCUGGCUUCUCGACGCUGUGGACGAGAGUCUGACGCUGCAGUCUGCUGCAGCAGGAGCUGAGCGAUGGAUUCAGAUUUUUGAUGCUUCACUUUGUGGAGUUUCAGUUUCAGCUGAAGUCCUGCAGCGUUUCUUCACACACUCCCUCACGCAGACGCUCACCUACAAGCCGCGGUUAAAAGUGUCAGAUGCCAUCAGCCUGCAGAACGAGUGGACCUUUGCAAAAGCCGACCCCUCGCUGACUUCUCUCUUCCGUCAGCUGGCUGUGAUCUUCAGUGUGGAGCAGCUGCUCCAUCACCUGCAGCAGGUUUUGGAAACCCAUGAAGUCAACUGGAAACACGUCCUGUGCUUCCUCUCCACUCUGCUGGUUUACUACCACUGUGCCCAGCCCAGCCUCAAAGAGCUGCUGUCCAGAAUGCUGAGCGCUGCCUUUGAAAGCUACGAUCUUGAGAACCUGAUAACCGCCUUCUUAUUGGCUCGACAGGCUGGACUGGAAGGACCUGGUGUCUUCUCCUCCUACAGUGAUUGGUUCAAGAUGGCGUUCGGUGGAGGCAGCAGCUGCCACGCGAACAGUAAGAAAUCGCUGGUGUUCCUGCUGAAGUUCCUCUCUGACCUCGUGCCUUUUGAACCUCCGCAAUACCUCAAGGUUCACAUCCUCCACCCUCCAUACGUACCUGUGAAGCACCGCAGCCUCCUGAUGGAGUACAUCUCACUGGCUAAGACCAGACUGGCUGACCUCAAGGAGUCAGUGGAGGACAUGGGCUUAUAUGAAGAUGUUUCAGGUGCAGGUGCAUCAGUGCAGCCUCAGUGCCAGGCUGCCCAGGAUGUGGAGAAGGCGGUGUCUCUGUUUGAGAGCACAGGCAGAAUCUCUGCCACAGUCAUGGAGGCCAGUAUUUUCCGGAGGCCGUAUUUCCUGACGCGGUUCCUUCCCGCUCUGCUCGCUCCGAGAGUGCUCCCCGUGAAAGCUGAUGCUCGGAUGAGUUUCAUUGAAGCUCUGAAAAAAGCAGAUAAGAUCCCUGCUGCACAGUAUUCAUCCUACAUGGAGUCCUGCCAGAAGCAGCGGCAGCAGAAUCAGAGCGCCACGUGUUCAGACAGUAGUGACGACCCCCCGGAGGUCCUGAGGAUUCAGCUGCAGGAGUUUGCAAAGCUUGUCGUUGAUGGGAGUGAUGGAGACGUGUCGGCCCAGCUGUCCAGGAUCUCGCACACGCUCAGUGUAAUCUUCCCCGGUCGUCCCGACGAUCUGAUCGGACAAACGGUGGUCAGACUUCACACAGACGCUCCUCCGUCCUCUGAGCUCCACGUCACAGUGGUCAAUAUGAUCUUAAGAAACUUCUGCCAGUGCUUGCUAGAUGCUUCCCAAGCAAACCCUCCUAAUAAACAAAGCCCGUGGGCCUCCAGGUUCGUCGGCGCUCUGCUGGGGAACACACAGCUCCUCUGCAGCCUUCUACACAGACUCUGGGACCUGUUUCACAACCAGUGGCCGUCUCUGAACGCUGCCCAUGUACUCGGCCUGGCAGCGUUCCUGGUCCACCUGUGCGCCUCCGUGUCCCACAGUCCUCUGGUUCAGCUGGUGCCGCCCGUCCGGCUCGAGCCGGUACCUGUCGAAGAGGCUCUCAGCUCGGCGCUGUCCUGCAGCACACACACCAACAUGUUCUUCUGUGCCAGGUUGUGUGUGGCAGCUGUGUGUUACGGCAUCUGCAGAGGGGACUCGCUGCCUCUGCAGCAGGACUGUGUCCCCCGUAGCCUCUAUAAGAAGCUCCUGUACCUCAUCCCGCGACUCUUACCUGAGGCCAGAGGGACUGUACCUGAUGCUGAACUAAGUGAACAACUGGAGGAGAACCUGUCCGGCCCGUGGAGCAGCAUCACCGACUCCAACAACACCUGGAGGAAGACCGCCUGGCAUCUGUGGAGGCACGCUGGCUUCCAGCAGCUCGGACAGAUCCCGCAGUAUCAGUUAUCGUUCUCAGAAUGGUUGGCUGAUGAGCUCAGAGUGCAGAGGAGCGAGGACGCUCUGCCUGAUGCUGAACGUCAGGAGUACCAGCGGUGGGCCUGCAUGGAGCUCUACCUGACUCGUCCAGAGGAGCAGGGAGGCUGUGGAGGAGACAUGAAAAACCUCUGCGCUCAACUGCUUAAUGCCAUCAUGGACCAGCAGUUAAGCAGCUGGCAGAGCCCGGAGGCACCGCAGCGCAGAGAGCCAGCAAGAGGAACCUGUUUGCCGGACAUCAUGUCCAGGCUCCAGGAGCUCGUCUGUGAGAUGGAAGUGAGCAGAGCUGACGUGUGUGACUUCCUGUUUGAGGUGUUGUUUCGGAGAUGCUCCUCUACAGUGACCUCACAGAGCAUCAGUGCUGAGGUCAGCCUGCAGCACACGCUGCACACAUGGAACAGAGUGCUGCUGGCUCUUCCAGCUGUGUUGUUGAUUAAAGUAAACACUGAAGGAGGGAGGACGACACUGGGCUGCAACAAGCUACUAGAACACAUCAACCAGCAUCAGAGGCAGGUGUGUUCUCCAGCCGGCUUGCUGUCCUGCCAGAUAACUUCACACUUUUUGAGAGGUCUGUUAGGUGCCAGUGUACGCUGUGCACGGCCUGGAGAAGCAGUAAACAAAGCCUGGUCUCAGAUCAGCGGGUGCUGUCCUCUUCUGUUGGUCUCCACAGUGCACUGGUGGCAGCGCCUGCGUCCGGUCCUGUUGUCAGUGUGGCGUCGUCUGUGUGGAGAAGAGUCUCUGCCGGAGCAGCUGCAGCUCCUCACAGACUGUCAGCACUGGGCCUGCAGUUUGGAAGAAGGCCAGCUGUUGCAGAUGCCUCCAGCUGCAGCUCUGCUGCUGGCGGGCAGCCUUCACCGUGCCUGGCGGCGCUGUGAGGGAAACAAGCAGAGCUUCAGAGCUGCGCUGAACUUCCUGCAACCAGAAAGAGACUCUAAACACAGACAGGUGCUCGUUUUCCUCCUUUUCCUGUGUGUUAAUGACUACCUGACAGCACUCCUGUAUCCUCAGGAGAGGAGCUCUGAUGAAGCCAGCAGUUUCUGCACGGAGCUCCUGGCUGUGUUGGCAGACUCCUCUGAUUGGCUGUCCAUCUUUAAAUCGAGCGAACCGAGCAUCUAUCAGUCCGUUACCAUGGUGACGUCAGACGACUUCACAAAACUCAUGCCGUGGGCUUUCUGCAGUUUGCUGCUCCUGCAAAGCGCCGAGCUUCUACAGAGAGCGGUGCGGUGUUCAGGGUUCCUCCACGCCGCCAUCGUCUGCUACCUGAGUGUACUGCAGCUCUUCCUGGAAGGACCGACACCUUCUACUGAAUCCUCUAAGGCGGAGCCGUCCCACGUCCUGAGCUGCACCAAGCAGUUUCUUCUGAGAGCUGUCUUGCAAACGUCUCCCACCGCGCUCUCUGCGGGGCAGCUCAGACAGCUGGAGUCUCAGUGUGCAGAACUGGACCCAGAGCUGGCAGCAGCUCUCUCGGUGCAGCUCGAGCCUCCCAGCCUCAGCCCGGAGAUGGACUUCCUCUGAUCGUGUUGUAACACUCGACUGUUCAGACUCAGCUUUGUACAAAGAAAACCUGUUUUAU